CUAAUGGUUACCCGUGGUAUCGAGGCUUGGCGAAUGGAACCGAAUACAAGCGUGCAAAGAUGUCGAAGCUGUCCUUGAGAAGACCGGAACUCGUAGAAUGACUAUGGGACAUACACCAGACUUUGAAAAUAUCAAGUCCCGUUGUGGUGGAAAGAUAAUCAUCAUCACGCUGGCAUUUCACACACGUAUGGCGGUGCUCCUCCGGCUUUGUGGAUUGAUUAUACACUCGACUAGGAACCAAUUGAUACGGCGGAUGAUCCUGAUAAAAGUGGACUAACAUUUUUAUCAAACUCCAUUGUAUUGAACAUGCGCCAUACAUCUUCGCUCAUUUCAUCACCAUCAUUGCACGACGCGGCGACUUGUUUCAAGUGCAUAAUGGAUCCUUGUCAUCAUCGACAUAUUGAAAUCACUUUUUGACCAUCUGCAUGCCGAAUAGGUCCCGUAGCUAUUCAAUACUUAUUGGCUUCGAACAUCCAUGACUUCUUAGUAGCCCCUACUUUGACUCUGUCUCGAGCUUUCAUCUGGAGUUCAUAGAAAUGCCAAAUUCCGCUGCAGCAAGUGGCAAGAAAAAAUGUGUUGUAGCCUGCGAUGUCUGCAGACGCAGGAAGACUCGAUGUAACGGGAAUCGGAUAUCUGGUAGGCGAUG